AUGCAGUUGCAAAACGGCAUUGUUACGACAAAUGGAGCAGCGGCCGCUGAUUCCUACCACGUUGGACAUUUGGUUCUGGAUUUCUUUAAUAAACCUGAAGAUUUUGUUUGGCAGAUCGACGCGGGGACUGGCGAAGUUGAAAAUAAAUCAUCGGUGAAGUCCCGUUCCGUACAAUUGGCGAAAUGUCUGAGGAACGCCGGUUUUAAGCCGGGUGACGUGAUCGCCGUCUCUGGCAUCAAUCAUCUCGAUGUGCACAUCCCUUUCUAUGCUGGAUACUUUAAUGGACAUCCAAUUAUGGGAAUCGACCCGUCCUAUAGAUACGAUGAAGUAAAGAGGCUAUUUGAAAUAACUAAUCCAAAAGUGACGUUUGUCGAAGUGGGUCUCGUGGAAGAAUAUGAAAAAGUUAUCAACGACCUUGGACUAGAUACAAGGAUUAUCACAUUCGGCGACAGCGACAGAUCUUUGGCCAAAUUUAUAAGAACGUAUGAUGAUGGUGCUCCGGACAGCGAAUUCAGAGUGGCCACCAUUGACACGAGCAAGGUGUACGCGUGGCUCGUCCUAACCAGCGGCACCACGGGACUACCCAAGGUCGCAGCCUUCAAGCACUCUGACAUUAUCACCAUGAUCAAAAUCAACUCGGCUAUAAAAGACAAAGAAAUGGCACCGCUUAUGCUUCUGCCGAGUGUGCAGUGGGUAUCUUCAUACUUAGCGACAUUGUGUACGAUCAGUGCAAACCAAAUCAAGUUGCAGUCCUCGACGCCCGUUACCGUGGAGCAUAUUAUCGAAAUCAUUAACAAAUACAAGCCAGUUGCCGCCAUAUCAACCCCGCUAGUAAUUAAUGAAAUCUUGAAACACGAGAAACAUUGCGAUUUGACGUGCUUUAAGAGGCUCGUCGUCACAGCAUUUGCCAUGAACCCUGUAACCCUUAACCAACUGAAGGAAUACUUCAAUAAUCCAGAGGCAACACAGGCUGCGAUCUCAGACGGCUGGUUAAGAACUGGAGAUUUGCUGUACAGAGACGAAAAAGGAUAUUUCUUCUACGUGGAACGGAUAUCCAGCUCGUUCAGAUAUCGUAACUAUUUUAUCACACCCCUUGAGCUGGAGCAUGUGAUUCAGGAGCACCCAGAUGUCCUGGACGUAUGUGUAGUGGGCGUACCGCAUCCCGAAGACAACAAGCACGCCGUCGCUUGCGUCAUGCGACGGCCCGGCUCGACACUCACAGAGCAGGCCGUUAAGGACAUCAUCUCUAAUGUGCUGGACGUGUGCGUGGUGGGCAUGCCGCACCCUGAGGAUUACAAACACGCCGUGGAGUGCGCCAUGCGACGGCCCGGCUCGACACUUACAGAGCAGGGGCCCGUUUCUCAAUAG